GUGUUGCUAUGGUAACAUAUUCUGAUAAAGACAAUUACAAUAAUUUGUUCGUAGCAACUUUUAAUAAAUAAAUCCAUCAACUUUUAAGCAUUAAUUUAUAAUAGAGACAAAGUCAAUUAAUUAAAAAAAAAAAAAAGAUGCUUUAACUUUGUGGAGAAAAAUAAUAAAAGUGUUUGCAUUGUGUGCAAAACUAUUAGAAAAACAUGGCACAGAAUGUGGGAGAUUGUGCUACAAAUUCUGUCGAUUCUGAUCUUUUAGAUUGCCUUCGAAGAAAUAAAAUAACAGUAGAUGAUUUCUCCUUUGACGAGGUUAUUGGUCUUAUAGAGGAUAUUUUAAUGGAGGAUGAUUUUCAAACGUUGCAACAGCGUUAUUUAGAAAAAUAUUGGCAAAUUUUUGAGCCAAUUGAAGAAAAUAAAUUGAUUUACAUGGAUAUUUUUAAUGAUUAUAAUAGAGACAUAGAAACUUUUUUGGAAAAUAAUCUUAAAAAAGUUAUACCAAACUUUUCAAUGACUACAUUUUUAAAACAGUUGAGUAACAAAAAAUCAGAGUUAGAAGGUGAAAUUUUCGAAAUUCUUUUAGCAUUCACGGACUUUCUUGCCUUUAAGGAAAUGAUCCUCGACUAUCGAGCUGUGAAAGAAGGAAAAGUUGAAGAUCUCAGUGGCAGUUUGUUUGUCACACCUUUAAAAUCAUGUAAUCUAUCAGAUAACGAUUAAAUUAUUAUUAACCAAAAUUUAAAGCACUUAGCAAACUAUUCUUUAAUUUUUAAUUAUUCAUCGAAAUAAUUUUAAUUACAUUUUUUUUAUAUUAGAUAAAAUUUAUGACUUUUGUAUAUAAAUAUAUGAUUAAUAACUGCAAUAAGGCUGUUAAUUUUAUAAAAUAAAUAUAUCGUUCAACAAAUCA